AUGGCCCAAUUCGGAGACUUUAAUAGAAUCUGUAAGACCGUCGCAUUAACGGUAUGUCCGCUUGUUGGGGCUGAUUUAGGUCUGGAACCAACAUGUUAUUCAAGGGGUAUUGAGCUUCAGGGAACCUUGAUUUUUCAACCAGCAACGAUUAUCAUCCAUGUUGUGGCAUUAUUGAUGACGACACUUAUGAUAAUUCAUAUCCGAUCAAAGUAUACUGCCGUUGUAGUUGAGAUGCUACUCGUCUCUGGAAUCGUCCCACUUGCAUCGAAUGCAUACAUAUACAUGACUGGAAUUCAUACCGGCUUAAUUACAUCAGCGGUCUGGUGUUUGCUUGUCAAUGGAUUCAUUGGAUAUCAAUUUUUCGAGGAUGGAACCGCAAAAUCACUCUGGACAAUCCGCCUCUCUUCCCUGUUUGUAUUCGUUUGUGCCACUGGCCUGUCUGUUGCCACAUUCCGGAACAUAGGACCAUUCAACGCCUUGAAGCCAGCUCCGCUCUGGAUUGUGCUAUACGUAUUCAACGGUGGUGCAAUUGCACUAUACAUUUGUCUUCAAAUAUUUUUGGUUCUCAAUACUCUUGAUGAUCGCUGGCCACUUGGUGAUAUAGCGUUCGGAGUUGCAUUCUAUGCAGUCGGUCAGGCGUCUCUAUAUGCAUUCUCUGUUAAAAUAUGCGACCACGCUAAACAUUACAUAGAUGGCUUGUUUUUCGGAACAAUUGGAACUCUUUUAGCAGUGAUGAUGGUAUACAAAUAUUGGGAUUCUAUUACAAAGGAGGACUUGGAAUUCAGCGUUGGAAACAAACAGCAUGUCUGGGAAGUGAGGGACGUUGAAGAAGAAUAUCCUGGACAAGACGGAUAUGGUGGUGGCUACAGCAAUGACGGACAUGGUGGCUACAACAAUGCCGGACAUGGUGGCUACAACAAUGACGGGCAUGGUGGCUACAACAAUGGAUAUCAAGAAUAUUAA